AUGACAGAAACUAAAAAAAUACUCUUAAUUGGCAGAUCAGGUCGAGGAAAAUCUACUUUGGCUAAUGUGCUUUUAAAUAAAAAUAACAAUUUUGAAGAAAUUUUUAAGGAAAGCUCCAGAAGUGUUAGCGAAACCAAAAAAAUCCAAUUUGAACAAUUUGAAGAAGACGGCACUAAUUAUUUAGUAAUUGACACACCUGGUAUUGGCGAUACCAAAAUGUCGGAUAGUGAGGUUCUGGACAUCAUUGCUGAGGCAGUUUACCGGGCUAAGGAUGGUAUUAGCCAAGUAUUAUUUGUAGUAGGUGGUAGGUUUGAUCAAUCAGAAAUGGCUACUUAUAAUCUACUUAGAACUAUUAUUUUUGAUGAGCAUAUUACUAACCACACUACUAUUGCUCGCACUCGUUUCGCGAAUUUCAGAAGUGGAAAGGAGUGUCAAGAAGAUAUUAGAUUAAUGAGAGAAGCCGCUCAAGAAAAAAAAUCCGAACUAGAAAAUCAGAUUGCUGAUAACGAAAAGAAGAUGCAGAGCAUAUCUUCACAUGAUGAACAAUAUCAAAAAUUGUUAAUAGAGACUGAAAAAUUAAAAAAAGAGUUAAAGUCAACUCUCAGUGAAAUAAUUGAAUCCUGUCAAGGCAGAGUUGUCCAUGUAGAUAAUCCACCAGUGGGAAUUCGAGGUAUUAGUGAAGAAGAUUCAAAAUCGAAUAAGAAAAAAAGAGAAAAGAAAGAAGAGUUACAAAAAGAAUUAGAGGAAGAGAUGGAAAGAUUAAAUUCUGAGACAAAAACUUCCUCUAUUUCUCAAACUUUUUCAAGACAAACUGGCAGUGCUAACGUCCCUAGUAGUCAAGUAGAACUAGUUUUAGAAGAAAAAGAAGGUCAAGCAAAUAUGAUUGUUAGAAGAGAAGAAUAUGAAAAAAUGAUUGCCCAACUUCAGGACAAAAAAGAGCAAUUGAGAAAAGAAAUUGCCGAAAAAGAAAAAGUUAUUCGCCAAAAAGUAUUGAAACAUAUUUUCAACAACUAUGAAGUCAUUAAUAAAGAGUUAGGAGGAAAUAUCUUUUUAAGUAGCGUGACUGGAGACCAUAAUUGA